AGCUAUUACAGUCUAACAACAGUGACCAAUAGAAAGAGAAGAAGAUCCAACAAAGCUGAGGACAGGAAGCAAACACAGUGGUUAGCAGCCAAAGGCUGUGAAUUUACAGUGAUUUCUAACUGGCUUCAGAUAGCUCCAGGAACUUGACUAACAAGGCAAACAAUGACUCUAAAAGUCUGUACAAGCCUUUUGCUCUUAUUCUUGGUCAAUUCUGCAUGGACUCGAACUGUGAGACAAGUUUAUGAUGAGCUGGAUCCUGACCAUUGGUCUCACUACACUUUUGAGUGUCCACGAGAGUGCUUUUGUCCUCCUAGUUUCCCCAAUGCAUUAUACUGUGAUAACAAAGGACUUAAAGAAAUACCUGCAAUCCCUGCAAGAAUUUGGUACCUCUAUCUUCAAAACAAUCUAAUUGAAACAGUUUCGGAGAAGCCUUUUGUGAAUGCCACUCAUCUGAGAUGGAUAAAUCUGAACAAGAAUAAGAUCACCAACAAUGGAAUUGAGAGUGGUGUGCUGAGCAAGCUGAAAAGGCUGCUUUACUUAUUCCUUGAAGAUAACGAAUUAGAAGAAGUGCCUGCUCCGUUACCAGUGGGCCUGGAACAGCUAAGACUGGCUAGAAACAAAAUCUCCAGAAUCCCAGAAGGAGUCUUCAGCAACUUGGAAAACCUCACUAUGUUAGAUCUGCACCACAACAGUUUGUUGGACAGCGCUCUUCAAAGUGACACCUUCCAAGGACUCAACAAUCUUAUGCAGCUCAACAUAGCAAAAAAUUCACUCAAGAAAAUGCCUUUAAGCAUUCCAGCUAACACACUGCAGCUGUUUUUGGACAACAACUCCAUUGAAGUGAUACCAGAAAACUACUUCAGUGCAAUACCCAAAGUGACUUUCCUUAGGCUGAACUACAAUAAAUUAUCUGAUGAUGGUAUUCCCCCAAAUGGGUUUAAUGUUUCAUCUAUUUUAGAUCUACAGCUGUCUCACAACCAGCUCACUAAAAUUCCACCAAUCAAUGCUCAUCUCGAGCACCUUCACCUUGAUCACAACAGAAUCAAAAGUGUCAAUGGUACUCAAAUAUGCCCAGUCUCAAUUGCCAUAGCCGAAGACUAUGGUUUUUAUGGCAACACCCCUCGCCUCCGAUACCUUCGCCUGGAUGGAAAUGAAAUUCAACCUCCAAUCCCAUUGGACAUCAUGAUAUGUUUCCGACUUCUUCAAGCUGUUGUCAUAUAAAGAUAUCACAGUGUCACUCUUGUGCUGUGAGAGUGCUAAGAUACAAGUUUUGCUGGAAUGAAACUUGUUCUAACUCAUAAAUCAAGAAGUAACAUCUUCAUUUUGACUUUAGUUUUUUCUUUGCUUGCAUCUUUUCUACAGCUGAAAAGAUUGUUCUUCUUUCAGAAGAGAUUUUGGAUGGACAUGAAAUACGUGCUUAGCACUAUCUAAGAAUUCCUAACACGAAUAUAUUGAAAAUCAUCUGUGUAAGAUCCCAAAUAUUCCAAAUCAAAUUCUUGUCUACUCCGUCUUUCUUGUCAAGUGCUAUAAUAUCUAUCCUGUUAACAUCAUUGCUAUGGACAAAUUAUA